AUACACCAUCCUUUAUUGUACACCGUAAGGAAGUGAUGCGCGAACAGCACAUGGAGCUGCGCGCUCAUAUUUCUAUAGCGUUUCGGGGGGGUCGGCUCAUUUAUAAUCCGUCCCUGUGGGAGUGGGGUGUCGCUGUUAGGAGCAGUGUAUGGGACAAGCCUGAGUGUAACCCUACCUGAAAAAAUAGCUAGGAAGACUGCAUAGUGCGGCGUGGCGCAGCCCGGACAAAUAAGGGGCUUCCGAAAGGAAAAUCGAAUUAAAUUGGAUCCCCUCCCCCUUGCACUAUUCCCAUUGCCUAAAAAAAAAAGACAAAGUAAAAAGUUUUUCAGCAGGGCUGAAGUUCAGUGGGAUACCCAGAGAGACCAAACGAAGCCUGCUGGACCGUUUGCUGCUGAAGAUCCUUCGAUGGUUCAUCAAUUGGGAACACUGGCGUCAAGGGUCGAUUAAGGAAAAAAAGACAGAGGCAAGACAUUUAACAGCUACCUAACGGAACAAGACGGGGGGCCAGAUACAAGGGUCGGCACCGACUGCUCAGACUGGAAACCUUAGAUGAAACUGUGAAGUAAAUCAACCAUAUGUGCACCCCAUCGUGAAGACACACGAGAGGCUGUGAAACUGCAGGAACUCUCUCCAUCCGGCACAAAAACAUCCAUCCCCUUUCUCAGAGAUGCUCAACAUCCUGGGUAUCCUUGUGGGGGUGGCAGUUUCUGCAAGUCUUGGUGUCAAAGGUCAUCUGCCAAAAACAGGAAGCAGGGUGUGCUCAAAACACAUACACAAGUUCCCAGUUGUCUACAACGAGAGCUUCCUUCAGCCACUUCAUACGCCGUAUCUGACCACUUGUCCUGGACACCGCAUCUGCAGCUCUUACAGGACCACCUACAGGGUGUCAUUUCGCCAGGUUAAAAAGGAAGUGUCUCAGGUGAGCACCAUGUGCUGUCCAGGUUGGAGAAAACGCUUCUCUCACUCCUACUGCUGUGAUCAAGCAGCAGUGUGUCAAAGCGCCUGCCAGAACAGAGGAAUCUGUUUGGUGCCAAAUGUGUGCACCUGCCCCCCAGGGUGGACAGGCAAUCAGUGUCAAACUGACAUAAAUGAAUGCCAGGUGCAGUCUCGACAGUGCGGGCAUAACUGCGUGAACACACCUGGGAGCUUCUUCUGCACAUGUCGAAAAGGCUACGUCCUAAAAGACGAUGGGAGGUCUUGUGAACAAAACGAACCAGGAGAUACUUUGUCCAAAAGCCUGUCAGAAGAAGUGUCACAACUGAAAGACAAGGUGACCAGCCUAGAACAGCGACUAGAGAGAGCCGUCAGUGCAUUCUCUAGGUUUGUGCCAUUUGACGUGGAGCAAGUUAGAGAUUCAGAAAUUGCAGAGAUGUGGAGCCGACUGGGACAGCUGGACCGCAUCGACUCUUUGAGUGAACAGAUCCUCAUGCUGGAAGAGAGGCUACCCAAUUGUUCAUGUAACGAAAGCCAAUAGCUCAGAGGACCAAUGACAAAUGAGCACAACAUCUUCUAUUUUGCUAUGCCAGUUCGUUAUUCUUCUUUAGCUUUUAAAUGGAUUUGUUUUGCAUAAAUUUAAAUCUAGAAAGCCACAGUGCAGAGGAUAUUACUGGAGGAGGUUUGGGCUUAUUCAUGGUAUAUUUUCCUUUCCAUAUUGUAAAUUGUGGUUGUGGGAUUCAUUCAUAAUGAUUCUAAUGGUAGCUACACAUACAAGACUCAUAUCGGCUUCAUAAAUUUUAUCAAACCAAAUUAACACGGUAGCGCCCUUGUUCCCUUAUUUCCAUCUUAAUAUAUCCAAACGGGACAGCGAACUAAUUAAAAAAGGUGCUGAUGCAUCUUGCAGUGCAGAUACACUGUUGUUUUGCAUCAGCAACUUCUUUUCAAUAACAGGCUAUAUUUUAUGAAAAUUCUGCAUGGAAUUACAAUGUGAACCGCUAACUCACUCGACUGAAGAAGUCUCCGCUGUUCCUUUCAUCCACAAAAUAAACAUCCCAGGGCAAAGACAGACUGUUUGUUAUGAUUUAUUAUCAUGGCCGAAAUAUAAACUCCAAGAUGCUAUUGCCCUCCAGAUAAAGAGUCUGCAGCCACUGCUUAAGCCAUGAAUCCAAACCAUGUCAUUCACUCCUGUUAACUCUGAACGUAUAAAAAAGAAGAGAAAAAGCACAUAUUUAUUAAUAUACUCUUUGAAACCCUAUAGCAGGCCUCUUAAGAAAAAAAAACUGUUAAUCCUUUCAAUUAAAGUACUAAAAUUUUCUCCACUUUCAACUUGACAAAGCUGAUACAACAAAAAUGCGUAUCAGUUCAUAUCAUUUUUUUAUAACCUGGAAUUCUGGGAUGCCUUUUUCCCAGAAAAGCACACCAGAACUGUAGGCACUAGGGAAUAAAUCACAGGGGCUUUCCUCCUUUUGUUUGAUAAAUGUUGUAUAUAUAUUGAGGGAAAAGAUGAAAGAAUGUUAAUACAUUUUUAUGAUCAAUGUCAUUCCCUCCCAUCGUUCUUGGGCACUUUAAAAUACACGUUACAAUGGUGCUAACAGCUGAGCACAGCUGCAAAAUGCUGGAACAGUUUUCUGAAUUCUUCCUUUUUUAUAUUUCAUUACUGUUCUUAUUUAUGUGAAAAUAU